GAUCAACCACUACAAAUACAUGAUGACAAUCACUGAAUCCCUGCAUUCUUGGUGUGAAUUUGUUUUGGUGCAAAAAUGGCGUCAUCUGCUCCAGCUCCUUCAGAGCCUAAAGAAGUUCCAGCAGAUGAUAAAUGGACUGAAAUAGAUCCAUCUCGUAAAGCCAAAUGGUGGUACUCGACAUUUCACACUGUCACGGCCAUGGUUGGUGCUGGUGUCCUCAGCCUGCCUUAUGCCAUGGCUUACUUAGGAUGGGGUCCGGGGACCUUGGUAUUGGCAGUAUCUUGGAUUAUCACAUUGAAUACCAUGUGGCAGAUGAUACAGCUCCAUGAAUGUGUUCCUGGGGUUCGUUUUGAUCGGUACUAUGACCUUGGCCGACAUGCCUUUGGCCCGAAAUACGGGCCAUGGAUAGUACUCCCUCAGCAGCUUAUUGUCCAAGUAGGUUGUGACAUUGUAUAUAUGGUCACUGGAGGAAAGUGUCUCAAGAAGUUCAUGGAAAUAGCCUGCACCAGUUGUCACCCAAUUAGGCAAUCCUACUGGAUUUGCAUCUUUGGAGGUCUCCAUUUCUUCCUCUCUCAAUUGCCUGACUUCAACUCUGUUUCUGGUGUUUCACUAGCUGCUGCAGUCAUGUCUCUAAGCUAUUCAACUAUAGCUUGGGUGGCGUGCUUGAGUCGAGGCAGGGUCGAAAACGUGAACUACGGGUACAAGAAAACGAGCAGAGCUGAUUACAUGUUUCGUGUUUUUAACGCUUUGGGGCAGAUUACAUUUGCCUAUGCUGGCCAUGCUGUGGUGCUUGAAAUUCAGGCCACAAUUCCAUCCACUCCUGAGAAGCCCUCUAAGGUUCCAAUGUGGAAAGGUGCUGUUUGGGCAUAUUUCAUCAAUGGAAUCUGCUAUUUUCCAGUUGCUUUGGUUGGAUACUGGGCAUUUGGUCAAGAUGUAACUGAUAAUGUGCUCGUUGCACUUCAGAGACCAUCAUGGCUCAUUGCUGCUGCUAACUUGAUGGUAGUCAUCCAUGUUAUAGGAAGCUAUCAGGUUUAUGCAAUGCCAGUAUUUGACUUAGUUGAGAGAACAAUGGUGAAAAGAUUGAACUUUCCCUCGGGAGCUAUGCUAAGACUCAUUGUUCGUUCUGCUUAUGUUGCUUUCACCCUAUUUAUUGGUGUCACCUUCCCUUUCUUUGGUGACCUACUGGGUUUCUUCGGCGGAUUUGGCUUUGCUCCAACUUCUUACUUUCUACCAAGCAUAAUAUGGCUAAAACUUAUGAAGCCUCAGAGAUUCAGCUUAUCAUGGAUUAUCAACUGGGCAUGCAUUUUUAUUGGAGUGUUCAUUAUGGUGGCAUCAACUAUUGGUGGACUGAGGAAUAUAGUUGCUGAUGCAUCAACUUAUGAAUUCUACUCUUGAAAAAACUCAGAAGAAUGAGUUAUACAUGUAUCACUUAAUGCAACAUUAAUUAUGGUUUUAUUUUAUCAAAUGGAUUACAGUAGUAUACAGUACUAAGUAAAAAAAAGAAAAAGAAAAAAAGUGUCCCAAUGACAUAUCGGCCUCUACUGAAAGAAAGGGCGGUAGAUGAUAAUGAGAAAAAGGCACCGUCCAAUCUUAUUCAGUAUAGUUUAUUAGGGAAAUAUCGAGUACUAUGUACCAAACAUGUUCUUAAUAAUUACUUCAUAAAUCAAAUUUAGCUCUACCAUCUUUGUUGGAUAA